AAAAAAAAAAAACAGUUCGGAUCGGGCCGGUUUGUGAACGGGCUAAACAACAUACACAAUACAAGGUACAACAACUCGUCCCUCGCAUCCACAUCCGCGUCGAGAACCGUUGGAUUUGGCGUACGGUCGAUUCAGCCGAUUGCACGCCUGUGGCUUCAACCCCGACGUCCCUUCCCAGCUCGUCCACCGCCGCCGCCGCCGCCGCCGCCCGACGUCGCCACUCGCCAGCCAUGGGGUACACGAAGGACCAGCUUCUAGCGCGCCUCCAGGAGCUUAAGAUUGAUUUCACGUGCUACGACCAUCCUGUUGUACUGACAGUGGAGGAACAGGCCAAACAUGUUGGCCAUUUAGGAGGUGCUUUGAGUAAAAAUUUACUCCUGAAGGACAAGAAGCAUCGGUUAUAUGUUAUUUCUGCCCUUGCUGGCACCAAAGUUGACAUGAAAAUUCUUUCUCAACGUCUUGGGUUGGGAAAAGGUGGUCUACGAAUGGCUCCGGAGGAAAAUCUUCUAGAAGUACUUCAGGUGCCCUUAGGGUGUGUUACUCCUUUUGCGUUAAUAAAUGAGUCUGCAAGUGCUGUUUCACUUUUACUUGAUCAAGGUUUCAAGUCUAAACAGAUUUGCUACUUCCAUCCACUGACAAAUGAUGUGACAAUUGCUCUUAGCUCAAGCAAUCUUGACAAGUUUCUCAUCUCCAUUGGGAAGCAACCAGCAUAUGUUGACUUGGAGGCUGCACCAGCUGUGAGUAAGGAUAAUCCUCCUGAUCUAGCACAUUUGGUUCCAUCUGGUGUGUCAAAUUCCUCAGAACAACCAGUUGACAACACGGCACCUACUAAUGUUCCUCGUCAUCAAAAUAAUGUGCCCAAAGAGACAGAAGUGAAGGCUAUCACGACAAUUCCCAAAGUUCAGAGCAAGGGUGCAGAAAUAUCAAGCAAAGGAGAUAAACCUACUACCAAUACCAGUGUUGACAAAUUUGUAAAUGAUGUGUUUGACAUCAUCUCCCCAUUGUUGUCUGAGGAAUUGAAGAAAUUGGACAUUAAGAAGGAAGAGCUUUCUUCAAUCUUAGAUGGCCUGAGGGGACGGGCAGAUCCAGAUUUGAAGAGUAUAGCGAUGACUCUGAAGAAUGCAUCGUAUACCAAUGGGUUUCACUCUGGUUUCAAAACCAUGCUGCAUCGUGGUUUAAACGGCUGACCCACUUGGGUCUAAAUUAAAUGGCUUGAUACAAGAUACAUGAAUCUGAUUUACAUAUUGAAUGAAAUCAACAUAUUAUUUUGAUGCUCCUGUUCUACUC